AGUAUGUAUUCAGCAGUAUCACCCAGACAGAGUCACUCUGAGAGCUGAAGACUGCAGUGGAGACUUCACAUCUGCAGAUACAGCAAAAACCCACUUAAUGGCAUCAACACGUUUACAGAAGAUCAAAGAGCUGAAGAUGAAUGAGGAUAUAUAUGCAAAUUCAGGAAUUACAGACAACACAUCAACUCAUUCAGACGACAGCCAUGAUUAUGAGGACAUCUACGCCAAUGAAGAUGAUGUCCCAGAGACGAGUGUGACCAGAAGCUGUAAAGGAACCUCAGUUUCCAGAGUCAAUACGGUAGGAAGAAGAUACUACAGACUGACUGCAGUGUGUCUGGGGCUGCUGUGUUUUCUCCUGCUGACUGCCAUCACAGUGCUGUGGAUCAAGUUCAACAACCUGACUACAGAGAGAGACCAGUUACAGACCAGCUACAUCAACCUGACUAGAGAGAGAGACCAGAUACAGACCAGCUACAUCAACCUGACUAGAGAGAGAGACCAGAUACAGACCAGCUACAUCAACCUGGCUAGAGAGAGAGACCAGAUACAGACCAGCUACAUCAAUCUGACUAGAGAGAGAGACCAGAUACAGACCAAUAAUGAGAACAUGGCAAAUGAGAUGGGCCAAUUACAGAAAGAAAAGGAAACGCUUCAGAAGAAUUUGGCAGAAUUAGAGCAAGAAAAGAAAACUUCCAGUUUCUACUACAUCUCUACUGAGAAGAAGAGCUGGAGUGAGAGCAGAAAGUUCUGCAGAGAGAGAGGAGCAGACUUGGUGAUCAUAAACAGCAGAAAGGAACAGGAGUUCAUCAGUGAAGCAUUUGGCAGCUCUGAAGCUUGGAUUGGUCUGACGGAUGUUGACACAGAGGGGGUCUGGAAAUGGGUGGACAAAUCAACACUGACCGCUAAGUUCUGGUGGACAGGGGAACCCAAUGAUUAUGGACGAAAUGAGGACUGUGCUAUAACUGGCUAUGAAGGUGCUGGAUCUGAACGAGUCUCAACCUGGGCUGAUUAUUCCUGUGAUCGUCUUGCAGUUGGAAUCUGUGAGAAAAGAUUUUAGUUUAGUCUACAUGAGGGUGAACAGCAGGACCUGAGUUUGUCUGUACGUUUAAGAUUAUAUAUGAUAUAUUUUACACUCGUACAGCAUUUAUCUUACAUUUUCUAAAAAAAAUAUGGAUUUACUUGCAGCAAAAAAAUAGAACUUUUGUAGCAAAUCAGUUACUGCCUGACAAGCUUUUGAGCCUGGCACUUACCCCCACCCCCCCAACACACA